AUGGCACACUCGUCGGUCGGUCCGUCGGUCGGUCCGUCGGUCGGUCCGUCGGUCGGUCCGUCAUACUCUCGUAAGAUGAUGCCCGAGGAUUGAGGCGCUGAGGGAGCGCGGUCUACUGCGGGCUUGGCAUGUUGAGCCCCACAUCGGACCUAGUUUAAUCACUCUCGUACGGCGACGCAUCUUCGCUAGUGCACCACUCAGCCCGUGACUCCCUUGAGUCUGCUUAGACUCCAUCAACCGGUUCAAUAUUCGCGAGUUGUGCGAAGGGUUCCCGUGUCAUCGGGAGGCGUCCGAAUGGAGCAAGAUGAGGGCAUUGUUCGCGAAGGAGGAAUGCUUGUGAGUUCCCACCUUCUCAGUUGAAUUUGAGCUGUAAAUCGCGUGUUCAUUCAUUGCGUGUGGAUUAUGACCAUGCAGACGUGUUCACCACGUGGUCGGGAGGUGUCCCCAUCGACGACUUCAUCAAGAUAAGUCAAGCCGGGUUCGCGAACGGUGUUCGGAUCGCCGUGAGUUCCACAAACCGGACGUACCUCUCAAAUCAGUGGAUGCUUACCAUUAGUCGUUCGCUACGUUUUUUCAGCACCGAACAAAUGGUUGUACAGUCGACGUGGCGACUUCAGGACCGGCUGCUGGGUUGAAGCGAGGGUUGGGCAAACUCAAAGCGUGGGUCCGCGAUCCUUGUGGGGUGCUCCCGGAUCUAUUCACCCUUCACCCACUGGCGCAGAACGAUCACACAAUGGUUUACGAUGAAAAUCGAACAAAGAUGGAGAAUUUUGUGAAGUUGAUAUGGAGGCGGAUUGCAGGUGAGACUGCUCCGCUAUUUGAUUUCAAUGCGGAAGAGUGACUGAUGCUCGCGUAUUUUCUCAGGUUGUGCUUCUUCGUUGAGAAGGACGCACAGGGGGCUUGGAAGUGCCACUUCUUCAAAGGUUCGUGAUACGUGACCCUACUCUUCAAACCCUGCUCUCAAACAAGGGGCCUCUCAAUCCCACUGAUACGACUCUAUUCCCGUAAUAGGUUUCUACGAAAAGGACCGAGCGAUCCCCGUCGACCCACGCAAGAUUCCUCGUUUCGACGAAGCGAAACUCGCGCCCUUCCCGGAAGGGUAUCGUUACCUCGCAUAUGGACAAGUAGAGCCUACAAAACCAAGUAAGUACCUUACACCUCAUGGAGAAGAUUCGCGGGCGCGUACGGUGAGAAGCUACUGA